AGGAAUGUACGGUAAAGCAUGUAGAGGGGGAAGGGUUGAUACCUUCGCAGCAAAAGACAGAGAGAGAAGUAAAAGGAAGGGAAGGAGAAAGAGAAGGAAAUGCUUCCAGAAGAGAGAUAGAAGAUUGUGGAGAGAUAGAUUUGGGGGAUUUGGGGGUUUGUGGUUCCUCUGAUCUCAAUAAUAACCUAUUUAUAAGUAAAGAUUAGUUUGAUCUUAGAAUCCAUACUCGCAAUUGGACUCUCCAUGGCUGCUUCUUCUUCUUCCUCUUCGUCGGCGCUGGUGGCGGAGGCGGUGAGCGGAUCCCACCGGUUCAAGAUCUCCGGCUACUCCCUGCUGAAGGGGAUCGGCUCCGGGAAGCGCUACGACUCCGCCACCUUCACCGUCGGCGGAUUCGACUGGGCCAUCCAGUGCUACCCCGGCGGCAAAUCACAGGAUGACGCAGAUUACAUCUCUCUGUUCGUCAUACUUGCCUGCGAAGCCAGGGACGUAAAAGCGCAGUACAAGAUCGCGCUGUUGAACCACGGGGGGAUCCCCUCGUCGACGACUCCGGCGGAUUCCGAGCAACGCAGCUUCCCGUGCCGCGGCCAGGGCUGGGGCUUCAGUCGAUUUAUGAGAAGGGCCGAUCUAGAGGCGUCCCAGUAUCUUAAAGAUGACUGUUUCAUAGUUCAGGGCACUCUGAACAUCAUAAAAGAGCCGCGGCUGGAAGUCCCUAUGGCUCGGUCCGACUUGCACCUGCAUCUCCUGCAGCUGUUGGAGAGCGGAGAGGGGACCGACGUCGCGUUUGAAGUCGCGGGAGAGACUUUCGCGGCGCAUCGGUGGCUUCUCGCCGCGCGGUCGCCGGUUUUCAAAGCGGAGCUUCUCGGCCCGAUGAAGGAGAAGAGUAUGCAGCGCAUACAGAUCGAAGAUGUGGAAGCGGUGGUGUUCAAGGCGUUGCUUCGUUUCAUCUAUUCGGACUCGGUCCCUGAUCUGACCGAGGAGCUCACGAAGGAGUCUCCAGCUCUAAUGGCUCAGCAUCUGCUUGCUGCUGCAGAUCGGUACGGGUUAGAGAGGCUGAGGCUAAUCUGCGAAGACAAGUUAUGCGAGCAAGUCGACGUCAGCACAGUGGCUACCACCUUGGCUCUGGCAGAACAGCACCGCUGUGGCCGACUCAAGGCUGCUUGCCUCGAGUUUGUUGCCUCCCCUGAGGUGCUUAUUGCCGUCAUGCUUACUGAUGGAUUCGAGCACCUAAAGAAAAGUUGCCCGCUGGUACUGAAUGAUCUCGUGGACAAGUUCGGUUGCCUCUCUUAUUCCAUUCGGAAGGAGCAAUCGGAGAACAAAAAUUGAGAGGUGAUAUUGAAUAUCAUGUCGCUUCCGACUCUAAAUAUUGCAGUGCAUCUGGUUGCAUAUUUCCAAUUUUACUGACGGUAUUGCUCAAUUAUGAAAUCAGCAUGUUUCCGACUCUAAAUUAUGAAUUAAGUAACACGAUCCUUUGGUUUGAUGAUAGAUAA